AUGGGUAAGCUAUCGUCGAAGAGACAUGGAGAAUUGACGAAAGAAGGGACCGCUAAAUGGAGAAGAAGUUACAAAGCAUGCCUCAAUUGUCGUACGAAAAAAGUCAAGUGCGACAUGGGGCCUGUUGGCAAUCCUCAUGGACCACCAUGUUUGCGUUGCCGAAGAGAAAGAAAGAAAUGCGAGUUCCCGCCCUCAAAACAUCGUGUUGACAUAGGGCAAGAGGUGAGUGACAUGUGUGGGAUUCCAACCGCGAGUGCCGUUAAAAAGUGCGGUUAUGAAUCCAGUACUCAUUCCAAGGAAGUAUCUGACAGUGGUACUAGUGCAUUGGACUCUAAAUGGAAGAUCGAGGUUUAUUCAAUGCAGAAUGCUCUCGAAUUUCUGGCGAAAGCUGCUGGCUCAGUUGCACAUAGUGAAGGCCCUGACAUAAAUUCAGAAUUAAACAGUUCCAGCAUGCAGAAUGCUCUCAGCAAGAUAGUCAAAAGCUUUUCUAUUGACCAAGAAUCAUCAGCACCUCCUGAGUGUGCACAUAAUACACAGAGCUCAGCCAGAGCUGCGCCUUUUUCAUUCGAAGGGCUAGGCAAUAUGCAACCUCAAUUAUUCACGAAGCUCACCGAUAUUGAAUUUAUUGGAGAUGAUAGGGUGAUUUCUGAAAUGGAGGCUAUAAAACUAAUAGAUGCUUUUUUCUUAAGGAUGCAUCCCUUUUUUCCACAUAUACCUCUACAAUUGCAAGAACCUGAGGAAUUGGUACGAUACCCUCUACUACUUUGUGCUAUCCUGACAGUGUCAAGCCGUUACCAAUCAUUUCGCGAAUUGAAAUUAUUUGAAGGUUCGAGUGGUGACCGUGCAUUAGAUAUUCAUGAGAAAUUAUGGGCUUACAGUCAAAGAUUAAUUUCACAAACCAUUUGGGCUGAGGCAAGCACGAGAUCUAUAGGCACGGUUCUAGCCUUUUUACUGUUCACCGAAUGGAACCCUAGAGCGAUACAUUCAAAAUGGCAGGAUUACGCUAAUGAUUCUGAGUCAAGUGACAGCUCCAGGAGAGACACACGCGAUAUUGGUACAAUUAAAGAAACAAAAGGACUAAUCGGUUUGGAAUCUAUCAGAAGAAGUGAUAGAAUGGCCUGGAUGCUGACUGGAUCUGCUGUGAGACUAGCACAGGAUAUGGGAUUCAUUGAAACAAACUGCAAAAUCUUUAUCGCCACUCAUAUUGCUGAAACACAAACUGCCAUGCAAGUUAAUCAGAGACCAAUAUUAGCCGAAUCACUCAAUGAUAUAAAAUUCGAAGAGAAUGAUGAAGCAGAAGAUAUUCAGAGUUUGUAUUUUAAUCAUAUUUUAGAGAAUGAUAAAAGCAGAAAACGGUGGCUCAAGUUUGUACAAGAAAUGAGACUCUACGAAAUUCCUGAGGGAAGCAGAAUCUGGAAAGAAGUGGAAACUGAAUUUUUGAAUGACGAGUAUAUCUUGUUUCAUGCAGCAAGUAAUGUAAACGAAAACUUAUAUUUCAAAGGACAGAAAACAACUCCGUUACCGUCGCAAUUGAAAUUUACCAAGAGUCAAAAGGCAAAGAUAGAAUUAUUGAAAAUAAUCUCAAUCGGAAAUGAGACUAUAUAUUGCGAUAAGGGAAAUCUGCAAUUAUUCAUAAAAGAUCCGAGAGCUAACCUGGUCAUAUUAAAGAUUUUGUCACCUUUAAUCGAAAAUUGGUAUAAGAAUUACAACGACUUGUUGAGUCCCGCAACAAACAACCCGAAUUAUCACGCAUUAAUGGUAGACGGAGAAAGUCUCAUUUGCGAUUAUUCGUAUUGCCAGUUGUACAUAUACUCACUGGCGCUACAAGUCGAUGUGAGGGAAAAUCCAUUUAAAUUGAAAGAGAUCGCCAAAAGCGCCAAAUACGUCGAAAUUGCUUACAGUGCCGCCAAAGAAAUUCUGGUCUCUGCCGAGAGGUUGAGAUCAUUUGGAUUGGCUCGAUUUCUACCUGUAAGAUGGGUAGCGCGAAUAGUCCGUGCCAUUGCGUUCAUAAUCAAGUGUUAUCUAACACUAACCGGUAACAAAACCAAUACCAUCGGCAAUCCCGUUGCAAAUACCAUCUUGAGACUGACCGUUAUCCCCAUCGAGGAGACUCUGCCGUUGGUAGAAACUGCCGCUGAGAUACUCAACGAGACCUCGCCCGACGAAUUGCAUCUAGGCAAACGGUACUCGACCAUAAUUUCAUACCUCUGCUCGGAGAUGAGGACGAACAAUUUCAAGAACAAAAACCGUGAACAAGAAUAUCGCGCUGAGAACGAGACAAGCAAUUUGCCGCCAAGAAGAACAGAACAGCACGAACAGACAGACACGAUCGCAGAGUCCCGGGACACCAACCACCUUCCACAACACACUACUGCUCCAGAUAUGAGCCAACACGAUGCACCACUUCAGCCUAUGAACUCGCUCCCGAACGAGAUCAUGGACUGGUUUUUCACGAGUGAAGACAUAGGCUUGGAUUUUGUGGAUCCAUGGACAGAAAUGAUCGAACAAAAAUACAUGGAGAAAUCGCAUUUCCACCAGCAAGAUUCACCUGCUGCUGGCUAG